CAACCACAGAACACACACACACACUUUAAAUGCCUUUAUGUCUCUCAUACACUCAGUCUAUUUCACUCAAUGACACCACCAUGGCAUGCUCGGGGCUGUUGAUUUUGGGAUUUGUCCUAAAUGUUGCUCACUGCUUGGAAAUGCUGGGUCCGGCUGAAGAGCCAAGGAUUGAGAUCACACACAACAUCAUUGCAGUCCUGGGAGAGGUGGUGUAUCUGAACUGUAGAUAUCUGGGCGAGAGUGAGAUCCAGAGCAGCAGGUGGAUUCGCCAGAUUAACUCUAAAGUCAAAUCCAAAGGACUGGCCGGAUUUUUAAAUGGUCGGGCCUUUAAACGGCAUGACUUCUCAGAGCCAGCCUCGCUCACCAACCUCACAGUUCAGCUGAGGGUGUCCAGUGUGGACAUCGAGGGACAAUACAUUUGUGAGUUUGAAUCAGAGGAGGGCGUUUUUUCUGAGAACGCAUUUGUCACUGUAGUAGCUCGACCUGAUGUGCAGAUCCUCGUGAAUGUGGGCAUCAUAAAUGGCACUCAGUACCAGUCGGUGUCAUGCUCUGCCGUCGGUGGCAGGCCCUCACCUCAGAUCAGCUGGUCCGUUAACGGCCUUGCUGCCUCAGAUUACCCCUUCACUGUGAGUGUGAGCAACACAGCUCACUCAAACGGCACAUUCACCCAGAGCAGCGUCCUCCGCUUCCCCACCCACCUGCAGGACGAGGACAGCGUGACCUGCAAUGUUCAACACCCGACCCUCCCAAACCCCAAACUCACCACAGUGAGGGUGGAAACGUAUGUGAGGCCAAAUGUGACCAUUACGGCAGAGAUGGUACAAAAAGGAGGAAAUGAUUUCUGGGUGGUCUCGUGCAUUUCAUCUGGAGGGAGACCUGACACUGACAUCUCGUUGGCUUUGAGCACCGAUGAAGAGCUGCAGAGAGAAAACAGCACCGACCCGGACACGCAAAGACGCUCAGUCUUCCUCCCCGCAGUAGAGUACGAGGGCCGAAACUUCACCUGUGUGUUUGACCACCCCAAAUUUACACACAUCGAGUCACGAGCCAUAACACUGCCGUCCUUCUAUCUGUCUAGAGUUCAGCUGUUGGGCUCGAGACCGAGAAUCAACACUGAGGGCUUCCAACCCACUGAAAUGUUAGAGCUGCAGGAAGGACAGAGGGGAAUCGUCGUCGGCCUAGAGGUCGUAGGGAAUGUGCCACGUUACAAUGUCACCUGCAAAAAAGAUGACGGGCCCUUGCCUGCAGGUUUGGAGCUGGUUGGCAGAAGCCUCACAGUUCAGGGUCCUGUGGAGCAUCAGCACAGUGGCCUGUAUGAAUGUGUCUUCUCCCAUCACCAUCUUAAAGCAAUGCUGCAGUUCAACAUCACAGUUCAGCCCCGUGUAUUUCAGCCUGUUCCCCCCACAGUACGAGUUGAUUUGUGGACUAAAGGUGGACUCAGGGUGAUCGAGUGCUCAGCAGCUGAUGCUGUUCCUGCGGCCAACGUAUCCUGGCUUCUACCAAAGGGUGUGUCGGGAGAGUCUUGGUUCAAUUUCACUUCUCAUAAUGGAAGCCACUCUGUCACAGGAGUUUUUCUCCUCCCUGCUUGCUCGCCUUGGGAGCUCACUGCAGUGUGUGUGAUAAAUCACCCAGCGUUUGAGGAGCCAGAGAACAGAAGCAUUACGCUCCCUCCUUGCGCUCGCCCUAACAUCAACAUGAACUCCAGCACAGAGUGGAAAGACGGUGAAAAGUUCACAAAGGUGGACUGCUCUGCAGACAGUGUUGCCCCAGCAGCAGCUAUAAGUUGGCAUGUUGGACACAGUGACAACAGCAUCAUCGGGGACCUGUCAGAGCCUGAAGUCCAGGCCGACGGUUCGGUCACAGCCCGUAGCUCUGUUCACUUUUUGACGUCUUUGUACGCUGGUCAGAAUUUGACCUGCAUGGUGAAGCAUCCAAGCUCGGAGGCAUCACAGAAAAGGACAAUACACGUUCCUGUUCCGAAAGCCCCACUGCUGAGAGUGUCUGUGGCGAGACAGCAGGACUCUCACCUCUGGCUGGCGGUGUGUGACUGCAGAGGGGACGCUGUCGGGACAAACCUCGCCUGGGUUCUUCCUGAAAAUGCCAAAGGCCAAACAUCCCUGCAUUCAGAGUAUGAAGGACGCGUCCUGAAAGCCAGGCUGACGUAUCAGUUUCCUUUGGCCCUUCAUGAGGGGCAGGACCUGACCUGUGUGUACCGGUUUAAACAUGGGAUCACAGAGAAGAGGAGCGUUCAUGUCCCCAGAUACUAUAUCUCCGCUGUGAGAGUCCUGAACCAUACGACUCCUCUGCGAAGCCGCUACGGUGGUGAACCCGUCAUGCACAGACUAGCGCUCCAGGAAAAUCAUCACAACCAGAAAAUACUGCUCCGAGUCAUAGGCAACGUGCCACAGUAUGACCUCAACUGUCAGAGGAGUGAUGGCUCAUCCGUCUACAUGGAAGGGCUCGCAAUGGUCUUAGAGUCAGAGCUCACGGAGUGGGACGGAGACCUGUACACCUGCCGUGCCUCCUUCUAUCACCACAUGGCCGCAGUGAAGAUCCAAGUGGAGGUCAUGUGCAAGGACAAACAGUUUGUCUUGGUCGUCAUUAGCUGCGUUUCUUCCGCCUUGGCCAUCCUCUUCAUCUUCGUCGUCCCUCUCUGGGUUUGCUGCGCAAGAAACAGCAAGACAAAAUAUAAGGAGCAGGAGUCUCUCUCGGCGUUGACGACUCUGAUGCAGGAGCCCGGCUCGCCUGAGGUGAAGAAGCCAGUGAUGAUGGAAAAGGACAGUAAGGAAUAUGAUCAGCUGAUCAGUUACGCUAUAGUCAUUGAUGUGAAGAGUACGGUGUGAGGAUGAAUGUGGCUUGCAGGGCUUUGUAAACGGCAUUCAGCUUUGCAUUGUGCACAAACGAAAACUGCAGCACUGUUUGAGUAUUUUAUUAUUUGACUGUAUCAUUUAAAGUUGAAGGAUCUAUUGUUUAUGUACUGAAACAUCAGAUUUUAGUUUGAUGAGUUUUUAUGCAUUACUUUUGCACUUUUUCGUGUUACUUGAAUUUUUUACUCUUUUUUUAAAAUGCACAUUGUAUUCUCAGGUAUUGUCAAUUAAAUCAUUGAGAUAGAAUUUA